AAAACAAUCAACCCCUGUGAGUUGAUCGUCACCCUUUUCUCGCAGCCAUUGUUGUUGCGGUUUUACAAGUUUCGUCUUUUUUCUGAAUGUAAUUUUUUGAAGUCACGUUUCUUUAAUGACCGUGAUCUCUUUGGAUUAUUUACCGUUGGAAAUCAGAUUCCCCCCUUUCAAGAAUUUUCCUCUCUGGCUCGCUUUUGACUCGGGCCUUUCCUUUUUUCCAUUCUUUCAUGUCUUGUUACUUUUUUAUUUUAUGCUGUAAAUUUGUGUUUUGGGCUUGAGAGAUAUUGGUGGGUAUUUUAGGUAGAAUCAUUUAUCUUCGGAGAAAUUUAUGGUUGUAGCUCACCUUGUUCGGCUUGAUUCUAUUACUGGGUUUGUGUGAGAUUGCUUAGGUUGGUGCUUUUUUUUGGUUAAAUCCAGUGUUUGAAGAGUGUAUCUUGCUCAAUUCUCAUCUGGGUUUAUCUCAAAUCCCCAAUUUUCUUAAUACCCGCCAGAUAUUUGUUGAAUUUCCCCAUAAGCUUUGGGUUUCUUUACUCGGCUCUGUGUUAAAUGUUUGUGUUGACCUGUGAAGAUGGUGAAUAAUAGGAAUGGUGAUAGCAAUAGUAAUCAAGAAGAUGGGGAUAAAAACCCAUCAACCAUCUCUAGAGGUGGAGCCACCAGGUCAUGGGGCCCCACUAUUUCCGGCCAAUCUCUGUCGACUAGCGGCAGUGUAGGGUCUCCCUCCAGCCGGAGUGAGGCUGCCAUGCCAACGCCAGCUAGUGAUAGUACAUUUGUUAGGUUAAACAAUCUUGACAUACAAGGGGACGAUGCUGGAUCUCAGGAGCCUACUGGCAACAGGAAGAAGAAGAGAGGUCAACGUGCGGUUGGAGGUGAUAAAAGUGGCCGAGGGCUUCGUCAGUUUAGCAUGAAAGUGUGCGAGAAAGUUGAAAGCAAAGGGAGAACUACAUAUAAUGAGGUUGCAGAUGAACUUGUUGCUGAAUUUACAGAUCCCAACAACAAUGUUGCAACACCAGAUCAGCAACAAUAUGAUGAGAAGAAUAUACGUCGAAGGGUAUAUGAUGCCCUCAAUGUGCUAAUGGCAAUGGAUAUAAUUUCUAAAGAUAAAAAGGAAAUUCAGUGGAAGGGUCUGCCUAGGACGAGCUUGAGUGAUCUUGAAGAACUUAAGACUGAACGUUUUGGACUGAGAAGUAGAAUUGAAAAGAAAGCUGCAUAUCUUGCGGAGCUGGAGGAACAAUACAUUGGUCUUCAGAACCUCAUACAACGUAAUGAGCAACUGUAUGGUUCAGGAAAUGCCCCAAGUGGUGGAGUGGCCUUGCCGUUUAUUUUGGUUCAGACUCGCCCUCACGCAACUGUGGAGGUGGAAAUAUCAGAAGACAUGCAGCUUGUGCAUUUUGAUUUCAAUAGCACUCCAUUUGAGCUACAUGAUGAUAAUUAUGUUCUCAAGGCCAUGAAUUUUGGCAAGAAAACACCGGCAAAUAGCACAGAACAGAAUAUGCUUAAUGAUGGAGGAGAAAGCUCGAGCAUGGCCAAUAUGUACACACAACCUCAACAAAUAUCUCAUCCUCAGAGGACAAACUUAUCAGGUAGGGCCGCCACUUCACCUCCUCUCCCCGGAAUAUUGAAGGCACGUGUCAAGAACGAGCAUUAGUUUGUCUGUGCCAUAUCAAAUUAGGNA